GCAAGAAGUUGCCUCGCACAUUGAUACACACCAGAAGCACACAGCAUCGAUCGACCAUGCUGCGCGAGAACACCAUGGCCUCCCUUGUCUUCCUCGUGGCGCUGCUGCUCUCAUGCAGCUCCAUGAGCAGCGCAGCACGGUACCUGGAGGAGGCCGUGCCCAAGAAGGAGUAUCCACCACAUCCGAUCGUCCCGGAGCUGCCAAAGCCCGAGCUCCCGCCGCACCCUGUCGUGCCCGAGCUGCCGAAGCCUGAACCACCUCACCCUCUCAUGCCCGAAGUGCCACACCCCGUGGUGCCGGAGUCGCCAAAGGAGCCUGAAGUGCCACACCCCGUGGUGCCGGAGAUGCCAAAGCAUGAGCUGCCGCCACACCCUGCUAUGCCCGAGCUCCCGAAGCCCGAACUACCGCAUCCGGCUAUGCCCGAGGUGCCAAAGGAACCCGAAGUGCCACACCCCGUCGUACCGGAGGUGCCAAAGGAACAUGAACUGCCGCACCCCGUCGUGCCGGAGGUGCCAAAGGAACCAGAAGUGCCACACCCCGUCGUGCCAGAGGUGACAAAGGAACCUAAAGUGCCACACCCUGUCGUGCCGGAGGUACCAAAGGAGCACGAGUUGCCGCACCCUGCCAUGCCAGAGUUGCCGAAGCCUGAAAUGCCACACCAUGCCGUGCCAGAGGUGCCAAAGGAGCCCCAUGUGUUGCACCCUGAGGUGCCGAAAGAGCCCGAGUUACCGCACCCUGCUGUGCCAGAGGUCCCGAAGCACGAAAUGCCACCGUUCCCCAAAGCCGAGCUGCCCCCAAAGCCUGAAUUCCACUUUCCGGAACCUGAGGCCAAGCCAUGAUCGGACGAGCUACAUCCGCAUAGUGGCCAUUAUCUAAGUAUUAAACUAUAUACUAUACAUGUGUGCGCGCGACGCGUGUGUUACUGUGUGUGUGAUUGUUAGAGUAUGUACUAUACAUGUGUGUGUUGUACAUGUUCUGCGCUUCAGUUCCUGACGACAGCGUUAUGUCUGAGUGGUGUUCCAUGGUGGAGCUGCUCAACCUAUUGCAUACUUCCCUUUACGUGUGUAUGCAUGAUGUAUAUGAUAUGUACAUGAAUAAAUAUGUUUUCGUGUUUGGAGUUUUUA